AUGUCUGUGAUUCUGAUCGCCGGCAACCAACUGGGCAGUCAACGAGCUGUAUCACUUCGAUCCGAAGGUUAUUCGGAUGUCUACAUUCUGAAUCAAGAUGACGUAUCAACACUUCUACAGGAGUAUCCAGUUGAUCGCGAGCGGCUUCUGACAAAUGCACGGGAAAUGCUGAGAUCUCGCAAUCUACUGGCUGACGACACUACUAUGGAGUCGACCGACCAACCAUGCUCUAUGCUGUCUUUGGAGGAACAGUUGAGUCGGAUGAAGGUCCAGAUAGGGGAUCUCGACGGUCAGCUGAAUAAUAUGUACGCCUCAUUCGAUGAUGUGUCGACCAAAAUGAAGCGACGAGUAACUGCACUCGAGCGUCUCUUUGCACGACAUCGACGUCAGAUCAAACUUGAUUGUAUACGGGGGAAAAUUAGGAUAUAG